CUUCAUCAUUUAAAGAAGUUAGAAGUUCCUGGUUUGUCAGUGAAGAAGUCAGAGAGGCAGCAGUAAACCAUCAGAGCCUCAACAUGAAAGUCCGUCACACUUUGAUCUGCUUCUUCUUCCUCUCUCUGCAGGAUGGAAACACUGGUCUCACCAAUGCCCUGAUCCCACCUGUGUUUACAGGAACUGAAGGAGGAGAUGUCACAGUUAGAUGCGCCUUUUCUUCACCUAGAAGCUCGAUGUUCUUUUGCAAGAGAGAAUGUAAACGAGAUGACAUCCUCAUUCACACAACUGGUGUCAGAGAUCAGAGAGGCAGAUACAGCAUCAUAUAUGAGAGAGGAGGAAAUGUUUUCGUGAGCAUCACACAGCUGACCAAGUCUGACUCAGGACUGUACAGGUGUGGUCUGGACCGAUCAAACAUCAAGUUUGAAAUCAUUGUUGUAGAUGCACUGCUGGAUGGAAGUCCUCCUGAAGUCAAAUCCCUCUAUACAAGAGCUGGAGGAAAUAUUGUAGUUGAAUGCUCCUUUACUGUCUCUGGAAGCAGGAGGUACUUCUGCAAGGAAGAAUGUGAAGAGAAAGACAUUCUUGUUGAAACAACUGGUUACACAGCUGAGAGAGGCAGAUACAGCAUCAGAUCUCUGACAGAUGUAUCUGUGUAUGUGAGCAUCACACAGCUGACCAAGUCUGACUCAGGACGGUACAGGUGUGGUCUGGACAGACGUUUUUCACCAGAUCCCUACCGGGAGUUUGAGAUCAUUGUCACAGAUGGAUUUCUGCAUGUUUGGUUGUUUACAGCUCCAAACACUUUAAAACCAAAAUCGACUUUACCGGUCUUUUCAACAUCAGACCCAUCAGCCUCCACACCAACACAGAUUUCUCAGACUAACCAGCAGCCGAUUGAGACAGGACCAUCUCAAGAUGUGUGGCUGCCUGUCGGUCUGACUCUGGCCGUCAUGGUUAUCCUAUUAUUACUGGCUGUGGUGAUAUACUGCAGGAAGAGGUCUUCUAAACCCAAGGGAGCUCCAGUGGAAACAGAGUACCCUUCUGUCACAGAGACCAACCAAGUGUACGAGAACAUCAGAGAGGACAGGCACAGCAGAUCUGCUCCUGUGGAAAUCUCUUCAGUUUACACUCUCGCCAAAUAUACCAAACAAAAAACUCCUGAAUCCACUGAUGACUACAGCUCUGUCUCUGCAUCCAGAUUUCAAAAUACAGCUGAAGACCACUCGAGUAAACUCACCUACUCUGAGGUGAAUUUUUCCAAACCGUCCAACAGAGCCGUCCGUGGUGACGAUGAUAACGUCGUCUACUCUGUUCCUCGGGUGGAGGCGAGCUCUGAUGCCGGCCAUCUGGAAGAUGAUUCUCCUGUGUACUCUACUGUUACUUAGCUCCACAUUUAGUCUCUGAGGCCAACAGUUUGAAUAAGUAACUGUGUAAAUAAGCUGAAACAUAUUCACACAAAUAUCUUUUUUGUGUCUGACUUUUUAAAGUAAGAACAGUUGUAAGAGUAGUUCUGUCCUCAGUAACAUAACCUCCAAUCUGCUGCCUCAACAGCACGCUUCAGGUUAGAGCUACUUUCACUACUUCUGUAUUUUUUAUUAAGUUAUUAUAUAUGUUAAAGAAUUAUUAUCCGUUUAAUAAAUAAUGAAUGUUUAAGUUAGCAUUACCAUUACAGUAAGUUGGCUGAAUUAUUUUAUAUAAAGUUAGCAGGUUAGCGUAGGAGUAAGGUUUUUAGGGUCAAAUUAGGGUUCACUAUUUUGACUAAUAAAGGAUCAAGUAACACAUAUUUAAAGUGACACCUAAAUAGAAACUAAUGAAUAAAUGUGAAACAUUAUUUCCCAUGUGUGACGUCUGUGAACAGGUGUGAUGUGUCACCAGACUGUAGCCGGUCAGUAAUCUGUCAAGACACUUUCAGACACGGCUGUGGCACAGUAAUCAUACAGGCAAUAAACCUUGGAAUUUUA